AUGGACAGGCAAUCGGUAUACUCCCUCAGCCUGUUUGGCGACAACAGGAGCGCGAAUGGCGAGGAAAGUGUCAAGCAGGCCCAGCGCGAGAUUGUCAAGUUUGUACUGGAGUUCCAUCUGGACGGCGUCUACGUAUACCGUGACCAGAUCAGGGAGAAUGUGCUAUCAAAGCAGUACUACUGCGACAUCGACAUCGCCCACAUAAUCGCGUUCGACGAAGAACUUGCCGACAAGCUCAACAAUCAGCCUGCUGAGAUCAUCCCAAUUUUCGAAGCGGCUCUCAAAACCUGCACCCAGCGCAUCCUCUACCCAUCACGAAGCGAAGACGACCUUGCCCUCGCACGAGCUCUCCCUGAGCACCAACUCCUUAUCCACUCGUCCGUAUCUCAAACAUCCAUUCGCGGCCUCACUGCCACAAAUGUCUCCCAUCUCGUUCGCAUACCCGGCAUCGUAAUUGGCGCCAGCACGCUCAGCUCAAAGGCCACCAAAGUUCACAUUCAGUGCAGGAAUUGCCAACAUGAGGACAACAUUUUGGUCAGCUCAGGCUUCACUGGCAUCACACUCCCAAGGACAUGCGGAAGACCCAAGGCGCCAGACGAUGGAGGAGAUAAAUGCCCUCUAGACCCAUACUUUGUUGUGCACGAGAAAUCGCAGUUCAUUGAUCAGCAAGUCCUCAAGCUGCAGGAAGCACCAGACGACGUACCGGUUGGAGAACUUCCCAGACACAUUCUCGUCAGCGCAGAUCGAUAUCUUGCCAACAGAGUCGUGCCAGGUUCGAGAUGUGUCGUUAUGGGUGUAUUCAGCAUCUACCAAAGUCAGAAGAAUAGCAAAGGAAGCGGUGCAGUCGCGAUUCGAAAUCCCUACCUCCGAGCAGUGGGGAUCCAGACGGACAUUUCCCAUAACCAAGCGGGCGGCAUGGGUAUUCAGUUUACGGAAGAGGAGGAGCAAGAGUUCUUGGAAAUGUCGCGCAGACCAGACAUAUAUACGAUCUUCGCCGAUUGUGUCGCGCCGUCGAUUUACGGCAACAACGACAUCAAGAAAGCCAUUACUUGUUUACUUCUAGGUGGCAGCAAGAAGAUCUUGCCAGACGGUAUGAAGCUCCGUGGAGACAUCAACGUCUUGCUUCUUGGUGAUCCUGGUACGGCGAAGUCUCAACUGCUCAAGUUCGUCGAGAAGUGUUCUCCAAUCGCAGUCUAUACCUCCGGAAAAGGCUCUUCGGCAGCUGGUCUGACGGCGAGUGUUCAACGAGAUACCACCACCAGAGAAUUCUACCUCGAAGGUGGUGCCAUGGUGCUUGCAGAUGGUGGUGUUGUCUGUAUUGAUGAGUUUGACAAAAUGCGAGACGAAGAUCGAGUAGCCAUUCACGAAGCUAUGGAACAGCAGACCAUCUCCAUCGCAAAGGCUGGCAUUACGACCAUUCUCAACUCACGAACCUCUGUCUUGGCCGCAGCAAACCCCAUCUUCGGCCGAUACGAUGAUCUGAAGUCACCGGGCGAGAACAUCGACUUCCAGACCACCAUUUUGUCUCGAUUCGACUUGAUCUUCAUCGUUCGCGACGACCACGACCGGAAUCGUGACGAAACCAUCGCCAAGCACGUCAUGGGCAUCCACAUGGGUGGACAAGGUGUGCAAGAGCAGGUGCACGCAGAAAUCCCAGUCGAGAAGAUGAAGCGAUACAUCAGCUACGCCAAAUCUCGCUGUGCGCCUCGUCUCUCUCCUGAAGCCGCCGAGAAGUUGAGCUCGCAUUUCGUGAGUAUCAGGCGGCAGGUUGCUAGAGCGGAGCAAGAUGCCAACCAGAGAUCGUCAAUCCCUAUCACCGUCCGUCAACUGGAAUCGCUCGUUCGUAUCACCGAAUCCCUGGCCAAGAUCGAGCUGCAACCAAUCGCCACGGAGAAGCAUGUCGAUGAGGCUAUUCGAUUGUUCCUGGGCAGUACCAUGGAUGCUGUGAUGAGUGCUGGUGGCGAUACCUCAGCGUUGGGCAUGACUGGCAACCGGGAGCUGGUCGAGGAGGUACACAAGGUUGAGGAUGAGUUGCGAAGGAGAUUACCCAUUGGAUACACAUCAUCUCUGGCUACCCUUCGUCGAGAAUUCGUGGAGCGCAAGAACUACAGCGAGCAGUCCCUGAACCGCGCCUUGCAAGUGCUCGUGCGGAGGGAGAGCAUACAGUUCAGGCGAGGCGGCACACUGGUUCACCGCAGUGGUGUUUAA